AUGGUAGCUGUUACAAAUGAAGAUAAAACUCUUCUACAACCAUUUAACGAUAAUCUAAAUGCGAAGGAUAUAACUAUAAAUUUGAAAUUUCCAGAAAAGGCAAAGAAAUGUAAUACAGAAAAAUAUAUUUGUCAUUGCGAAGAGGACUGUUCUUCUAGCUCAUCAAAAGAAAGUUCUUCAAAAAUAUUAAGUUCUUCCAAAGACGAACCUGAAAAGAUAAAUCAUCAAAGAAGACUAACAAAACAUAAAAACGCAAAAGCAAAUAUCUUACAACAACAAUUGCCAAAAUUAUAUCAUGAAAAUCCUUAUGAAUUGCCUUUUUCUAAUUUAAUCAAUUAUUUCCCAAUACAAUCUUAUCCAGAAAAAAUGAAUAUCCCGCCUGUACCAAUUCUAUAUGGAAUAACGCCAAAUAUUUUAUCUCAGAUAGUUGGAAAUGAAGGAAAAUAUGUUGAUGUUGGAAUCCCUUUUAUUUCAUUUCAAGACAGGCAAAAUUAUUUAGUUGAAAAUAAUCAAGAUCAAUCAGUUAUUCAUAAAAAACCGUGCGUUUGCUCACCUGUAAUAACCAAUUCGGUUGAAAGUUCCAUGUCAGUUACUAAUUCACCUUUGACAGAUUAUGAUGAUGCGAUAACUAGUAGGGAAACAAUAAAUGAUCUUGAGUCAAACAAUCCAAUUGGUGUCACUGAAGAAGAUCAAGAACAUUUUCCUAAAUUAACCACAGAAAUUUCAAAUGUAGAUGCAUCGGUCGAUUCAGAAACAGAAACUAAUUUAAUGAAUUAUUUGACUGAUGCAACGGAAGAAGAUGACACUAUAAGUUCUUCUAAUUUAAAUAAAGUUAUGCAGAAAUCAAACGAUUUUACCGAACAAACGGAAAAAAAUUUAGAUGAUUUUUCUAAGUCAACAACAUAUUCGGCAGAUGAUGUUGAUACAAGCAGCGUUACCUAUGAUAUAACGAAUGAUGGAAAAUUUAUUAACAUGGAAGAAUGCAUAAAACUAUUUGGUCGCGAUGUGUGCGUGCUCAGUGCAAUAUCACCAAAAAUAUUUGCUAAACAGGCGCAAGAAAAUCCCAACAAGUAUUCUGCGAUUAGAAUUCCGGAAUAUGUCACACAAAUAUCCCCUAGAGAUGACAUUAAUCAUUCAAAUAAACUCAAAGCGACUGAUCCGCACUUUGCAUCGAAGUCAUCCACUGAUAAAAUCAAUAAGUCAAAUGUUAAUGUAAAUGAAUAUCUUGAAUCAACAAGUAUAAAAUCGAAUGAUGAUAACGAUGAAGCUUCUCUGCAUGAAUUUCAUCCAGAAUCUAAGAAACAGAUUUCUAAGUCAGAUAUCAACUAUGAUAAAAGUACACCACUUAAUACUAAUCAGGAAACAAAUAUAAAAUCUAAUUCAAAUACUUCUCAAAAAGAGUCAACAACAGUUAUUAGUUACGACUCUAAACUCGAUCCUAAAAAGCAAGAUAGAAACUACUUAAAAGAAUCAAAUGCGAAUAUUUAUUCUAAAAAGAAAAUCCCUCAAGAACAUUUUGAAGAAGAGACUAUAACUAGCUCUAAUCCCAGAACUAGAGAUAAUUUUGUAGAGGAAAUAAAAAAAGAAAUAAUAGGAAUAGAAACCAGUAUCAAACCAGAAGAAAUUCCUCAAGAACAAUCUACGACAAUGCAAUAUUUCAACGACAAAAAAUCAAGUAAUUCAAAUAAUAAGGAAAAUAUCACCAAUAGUAUCAAAACGAUCGAUUCAUCAACAAAUAAAUUACCAUUUUGUGAUAAUAGCUUGCUUUUAAAUUCUAUCAGGAAAGUCAUUAAUGACUUUACGUCGAAUACUCGUUUAACCAAAACAAAAGAUUUUGAUGAAAAUAUUCUUCAGACGCAAGGUAAAAAUUUACUGCCAGAAAUUCUGCAAGUUCCGAAUUUAAAGGACAUCUUGUCGAUGCCGCAGAUAGAAAAUACAAUCGUAGACAAAGUAAAAGAUGUUUUAUCCUACGUUACAGCUAUUCCUAGAAAAGAUUUCACAAACGAUUGGUCACAUGGUGUAAUUAAAAACACUCUACAUAGCAUAUUAAAUACACUGUCUGGUUUUCGUCACAAGCUUCCACCGAUGAUGCUUGAAGAGCAUCAAUUUAAAGAUGGACAAUGGAAAACUCAUUUAGUGACCUUAGCACCAAUUUUGGACCAAAAAUUAUUGAAAGCAACACCGAAAAAUUUACGUGAGAUCAUUAAAGAGCUUUUAAACUCUCCGGCAAUUGCAUCGCAAAUAGACCAGAAUAUUAUGCCAAAAAAUUCAGAAGAUACUGAUACGUUAGAACAAAGUAACGAAAUUAUUAGUGACGAGGCAGAUAUGGAUAUGAUUAAUAUGCAAGAAAUAUCAACAAAUCAAAUUUUAAAGAAGAUAGAUGGACAAGAUGAUGCAGAAAAGAAAAUAGCUGAAUCACUGAAACCCAAAAUAAUUUAUCACAAAGCUAUUUUACAAAAUAAUCUUAGCGUAUUAGAACCAAAUUCAACAGGAGCUGAACAAUACAUAAAAAAUCAUCCCAUCGAUAAAGAAAGUAAUGAAGAAACAAUAACGAUAACGAAUUUUAUACAAGAAACACCCAAUUACGUAUCGGAUAACAAAAUUUUAGAAAAUACAGUAGGAGCUAAAGAUGCCGAAGAAGAAGUAAAUCAUACAUUAACGUCGAUGAACUUUAUACAAAAACCUUCAUCCAAUUAUGCACAAGACGACAUACCUUUACAAAAUACAGCAGAAACUAAAGACGAAAACGAAAUGGAAUAUCUAAGUACUACAGAUGAUAAUAUUUUAGAACCACAACAACAGAAUUUGACAGAAAAUAAUAUCAUUAAAAUCCACGAAGUUACUACGGAGAUUCAAAGAACUUAUGCAAAAACUACGUACUUCAAGGCAGGACUUUCUGGUGAUGAUAGUUCAAGAACUAAUUCGCCCUCAUUAACUGAUAAAACUACAAAUAUACGUAUAAAUAACGAUAAUGAGAAUAGUAAUGAACUUCAGAAGUCGCAACUUUAUUACAUCAAUGAUGAUGGCGUGAAACUACCGCUAGAGAUAAAGAGAUUGGAAGAUGGUUCUUAUGCAUUAUUGAUCUCCAAAAAUGUAUGCGAGCAGAUUCUAACAAGAAAAUGUCCCUGCUGCGUGCCGCUGCAAGGACAUAUAGUUCGAUCAUCAAAAAAUCACCAACAAGAAGAUAUACAUGCGAUGACAAUAAAUACGGAAAAGAAAGAUCAAGAAAAUGUAUUAGGAAGUAACAAUUUUCCAUUUCAAUCAUUUAAUACAGUGACGAGAAGAAAUGCCUUGAGAACACAAAAUUUAAAGAAAGAAGAAGAAGAAGAAAAAGAAAGAAAUAACGAGCAUCAUUUAUGGAAACUAAAUGAUGAUAAUUUCGCAAUGAUUUCAAUGCCUGUCAUCGAUUUCGCAAAAAAAUACAAUUUAUUGCUUGAUUUCAAUGAAGAAAGAGUAUUAUUAAAUAAAACCGAAUUGCAAAACAAAAUACUAAAUUAUAAUAAGUCAAUAAUAAACUCCGUAGAAGGAUUUAAACGUCAAUCAGACGAAAAGAAUGUUAAUAAUUAUGACAAUAUAAAAAAAAAUGGAUUAUUGGAUGAAAACGGAUUAUUGUAUGAAAAUAACGAAGCAAUUGAUGAAUUUUCAGAUUUGAUAAAUUCUCGCAAGAAAAAGAAUACUCCAAAUAUGAAUUUUCCAGUAUCUCCAAAAGAUAAAUUCCGAAAAUCAAGGGAACCCUGUUCUUAA